CCAACGAUCGACGACGCAUCUCGAUGUGAAUCCAGUCAUCAACAUAUUUCCCUCAACGCGAACGGAGGAAGGUUCUUGUAUUUUUAGCAGACGAUGACUUCCGCGGACUUUCCGACAAGACUGGCAGAGCUGGUAUUGAAUGAUUCGAGUCACAAUCCUUCCCUUUAUGCCAACCUUAGAUCGAUCCGCAGAUCGGCUCUUUCGAUACCACAUCGCCUCCACUCGAUCUUAUCUGAUGCACACUUUGCGAAGGAGGUGUCUGGACACUGCGGCUUACCACUCGUGGCGAACGAACGGUGUGGGAGUUGGUAUAUUGAUCCUGCUGAUAAAGUCGGGAGUGCUUACUUUAAGAGCACGGAUGGCCAUCAUUCCAUGUGGGAUUUCUCGCUCCGCCGGCUCAAUCUUCAGCUGUUUUCAAUUCUGGCUAAGUAUGGGGGUGCUGUAAUUGUCGAUUCGACUCGGCGAGGCAAGAAUUUACCAGACGCUUUCAGCAAGACGGUACCAAUAUGGGUGGCGGUCAUCAACAGAGCGUUGUAUCCGGAAGCGCUUUCCAUGCAUGCUGUGCAAGUGCCGCCUCCACCGAACGAAUUAGGUGAAUCUGAAGUCUCACAGAUCGACGCAAGGCUCGACAAAUUCACAUCAGCAUUCUGUAGUCUUCAGCUGGAUCUUGAGAAGCUGCGCACUGAGUUAAAGCGGCCGAUCCAGUUGAACUGGGCGAUAAAUGGCUAUUUCGACGUUGACUCCGAGGAUCUGCUACCCUCGGUAGGGAAUCACCUGCUGGUGCUCUGCUCUGCAUCGCGGCGGGUUCGUGGCGCUGAAAUCUCUGAAGGAGGUUAUAUCCAGGGAGCUGGAGAUGAUAGCGAAGGAUGGUCUCAUGGACUUACAGCACAGAUCUUCUGGAAACAUCGCGAGAAGUUGAUGGCUGCACCGGAAGACGAUCUCCCAGACCUGAUCCAGCAGCUGUCGGAGGAGGAGAAACCAGGCACCAAUGUUACAGGAGAAGGUGUCAAGAUCCCACCAACUACAAACCUUCACAUUGGUAUCGGACAGCUCAGCCAGCUUGGAAGCUUCGAUCUUAUCAUCAACUGUGGUGGCAACAGUGGUGGAGACCUUCCAGGUAUCCGCAACUUGCAAUGUCGUGACCACAAGUUGGGAAGCAAGGACCUUCGAGAGCGGCUGCCCGCUCUUGUGGACACUACUAAGAAUCAGCUUCAGAAAAUCCGAGAAAGCCAAAUUCUGGUGACGUGUGCGACAGGCAAGGAUCUCAGCGUUGGUGUUGCAGUCGCGCUACUUUGCCUGUUCUACGACGAUGAAGGGCAACUCAAAGACGACCUCGGCAUAGGAAGCACUGUCGAGGUGAAUAAACAGCUCGUCAAACAGCGGUUGGCCUGGAUAAGCUCUGCGAAACCAGACGCCAAUCCAUCAAGAGCAACGCUGCAGGCGGUAAACUCGUUCUUGAUGCAAAGACCAGACUAUAUUGCUUGAAAGUCGCCAACAGCCUCAAGAAGCCAGAUAUCGCUGAUGUUGGAAAGGCUGCUGGUACCUUGCAUCGAUAUGGCGGGGUAACUUACUUUUACAUGUUGAGAUGUC